AUGAGUAAAGAUGAUGAGAUUAGAAUAGAUGAAAAUGGAAACUUUUCCAAUAUGAACUUAGUUAAGUUUCCAGGGACUAAGAAAAUAAAGGAUUUCAAGAGUUUAAACUUUAGUUUUAAUCCAAUCAAUUCAUUCAAAACUUUGUCAACUUUAAGACAUCUAGUUUCGAUAGAUUUAACAGCAACUAACAUUUCUUCACUUGAAUUUUUGCCUUCUUUGCCACAUUUACAAUCAAUCACUUUACGAGGUACCCAAUUUUCACGAUUUAAGCAAUACAGACUAAUGUGUAUCGUUGCAUUCGAUCCAUCAAUUAAAUUUAUCGAUGGAACAGAAAUCGAAAGCAAAGAAAAAAUUAUUGUAAACAAAGAGUUUAGUAAAAUUCAAAAUCUUUUAGUAGAAGGAUGGAUAAUUGCGAGAGUAAAUCCUACUAUAAUGGCAUAUCCUCCAUUAAAAUUGCAAGCACCACUAACUGCAAUAUUUUGUGAUGAAUACUCGAAAGUUAAAUCAAAAUCAGAUGUUAUUAUUGCUAACGAAGUACUCACACAGCUUACGCGAUCAGUUGUUUCAACAAUUACUAAUGAUGAUAGUGUCGGUGGCAAAGAAAACGACGAAUAUAAAAUUGUCCGUUAUAUCUUGAAAGGAAAGACAGAUGAUAUGGCUACAGGUCUUUUAAUGUCAUCCCAAGUUGCUUUAAAAGUUACAAAUCAAUAUCAUUUUAAUAUUGAGUCAAAUAUGAACCCGUUAGAAAAGAUAGACCCUCCACCAAAGGAGCCAACCAAUAAUAAUACCAAAAACAAUGAAAAUACUACAAACACAGAAAAAAAUACAGAAAAAACUGGUAAAUCCGGAAAAGUUAGAAUUAAAAAGAAAAUUAUGGUACCAGUAAAAAAGGAAGUCAAAGAGGUAGAAAUUCAGAGCCCAGUAAGAAUUUCUGAUGACAAUGAAAUUAAUAUUCAGCCAGCUCCACCAUUAGAUCCUCAUUUAACAGAAAUUAUUGCUGACAGUUUCAAGGAAAGUAUGAAAGGUCAAAACCAAUCGAGCGAAGAUGAAAUUUUAGACAUAUCAACUUCAAAAUUACCUCCACCACCAGAUGAAAUUGAAGAAACACCAAAAAGGAAGAAAAAGAUUAUCAAAAAAGUUCGAAAAGUUCCAACAAAUCAGCCAGAAUCGCCUAAAAUUCAAGAAAAUAAUAAUAUUGAACAAGAAGCUGUUGAAGAACAGUCCAAAUCACCAAGAAGGAAGCGUGUUAGAAGGAAAAAUACAAAUGGACAAUCUAUUAGUACUGAUAUUUCCACUUCUAAAACAGAAAAUCCACAAAUUGAAGAAGCACCGAUAUCUCCUCAAAGAAAACGAGUGAGACCAGUUAGAGGAUUGCAGAGUAUGACAAAUACAGAAACUCCAACAGCUUCUCAUCAAGAAGAGAAAAAUAAUUCCGAAAUUAAACCUGAAAUUUCAUCAGAAAGUCAAAAGCAGAAGUCAGAAAAUAUUCCUAGCAAUAAUAACUCUUCAAUUCAAUCUCUGGAAUCUCAAUCGACAAAAUCAAAAUCAAUUUCAAAGGAAAGCCAAACAAAAUCUAAAGAAAGCCAUAGUAUAUCCAAAGAAAGUCACAGCCAAUCCAAAGAAACCCAAAAUAAUUCAGUAAAUCUGAGUAAUUCCAAAGAAAGCCAAAUUUCUUCCAAACAAAAGACCACUGGAACAAAAACUUCAGAAAGCAAGAAUAUUCAAGAAGAAUCCACCAAAAAAUCAUCAGAAAAAGAAGAAAGUUAUCAAUUAUCAAAUGAUUAUUCUGAAGAAGAAGACGAUUACACUUAUGUAGACUCAGAUUCAUACUUUAAGUCAGGUGAUGAAUACGAUUUGUCUUCCAACGAAGAUGAUAUCGAGAAUUUCAAAUUACCUCCUAAAAAAGACAAAUUAGAGAAACCAGAUUUCACAGAAGAUCGUAUUAAGUUCAAAGAAAGAGCUGUAUAUGAGCACAGAGUUAUUUUGGACUGUCCACCAACGAAUUCUAAGUUUAUGAAGAAAAGAUUUGUUGAUACUCGACCAAAGCAGUUAGUUUUGAAUCCGGUAAGAUUCCAUCCAUUGCACAAGAACAUCCCCAAUGCAGAAUCAAUUCCUUGUGACUUCAUAACGAAUGAUUUUUCAGAUGAUGGAGAAAAAAGUGUCAAAGAAAGAAAUUUUGUUUUUGCGAACGGAGAAGUUUUCCAUACGAUGACAUUUUUCGAUGUUCAUGAAGAGGAAGAAGAAACUGGUCAUACUUAUACUUAUAUUUUCGAAGAACUCAAGCGAGAGAAAGAAAAACUUGAAGAAUCAAAAUCAUUUAAAGAAAGAAAGAUAAAAAGGGAUAAAAAGCAUGAUGAAGAGGAAGAUUUUGUUACUGAUGUUGACUACAUGUACUGCAGUCCACUUAUGUUCGCUCCAGACAGAUAUGACUCUAAAGAUAGCACAAAAGAUGAUGAUUCUUCAAAUUUGAAUGAAGAAGAAGAUUCAUAUACAUCAACAACUACAAGUACGACCGAUUCUCAUACAAGUUAUCAUAUUUUUAAACGAAAUUAUAGGAAAUAA